AUGCUUGACCCAACUUGCUCGCCAAAGGUCACAGAAGAUAUCAGAACUGUGCUCGGAUAUCCUGAAAUUGAAGUAAAUCCUUCUAAGCGUCCUAUUCAGUGCCCAAAUUGUGGUAGAGAUGGACAUACUGAAAAACAAUGUCCCGUACCAACCAUGGAAAAACUUUUUGAACUUUUUGGUGCAAGAUUAUUCGAUAACACUCCAACAGCUAUAGAAGAAAAGCGCAAAAUCAUCCUUGAAUAUAUGGAAAAAUAA